AUGUCUAGUUCUAAGCCUGACGACAACGAUGACGGUGCCAUUGAGGGUACAAGGGCCUUUCCCUCUCGUCCGAAGGAAAGUAUUGUGAUUCACGAGGCAUGGGACUCGGAGUACGAGGAGAAAGCCCGCCAAAUCGCUGAAAGCGACCUUAAUCAGAGGCAGAAACAGAACUGCAAGGAUUUUAUGCUUCUUUGGGCUGCAUGGCAAAGUACUGGUGUCAUUUACGGAGACAUUGGCACAAGCCCUCUCUAUGUAUACAGUUCAACCUUCACUUCACAGCCGUCGUGGGAUGACCUAGUCGGGGCCUUGUCCAUCAUUAUUUGGUCCCCCAUCAUCAUUGUGUCCAUCAAAUAUUGUCUAAUCGUUCUUCGUGCCGAUGAUGAUGGACAGGAUGGCACAUUUGCUCUGUACUCGCUUCUUGCCCGCUAUGCCAACAUUGUCCGUCGCGAUCCGAAUGUCUCAGGAUUGGUCCGGCUCGAGCGUCAGUUGACGACAGAUUUGAAACCGUCAGCAAGGACUAUCAGGCAUUUUCUAGAACAUAGCCGCAUUACUCAAAGAGCCCUCAAGGUUCUGGGGGUGCUUGGCGUCUCCAUGGUAAUGGCUGACGGUGUACUUAUUCCAGCCCAAUCUGUGCUUGGCGCCAUUCAGCAACUCCCAACAGGUGCCAUAGUUGGCAUCUCAUGCGCUAUCCUCGUGGUCCUCUUCCUGAUUCAGCUCAUCGGCACCUCCAAAGUUGGCACGGAAUUUGCCCCAAUCGUCGUCAUCUGGCUCUUGUUCAACCUCAGCUGUGGCAUAUACAACCUAGUGCUGUAUGAUUACACUGUUCUUAAAGCCUUCAGUCCGCACUACGCGUUCAUAUACCUGAUUCGCAAUGGUCGCGCUGAGUGGGAGUCUCUGGGUGGUCUUCUUUUGGCUUUUACUGGUGUCGAAGCCCUCUUCGCAGACCUCGGUGCCUUUGGAAAGCGUGGCAUCCAACUCUCGUGGCUAUGUCUUGCUUUGCCCUGUCUGCUUCUCGCCUACAUUGAGCAGGCAGCGUAUAUCUCGAUGGAUCCCACUCAGGAGGCCUAUACCAACCCUAUUUUCAACAGCCUCCCUCCUGGAAGUCUUUAUUUCGGCCUCGUCAUUGCUGUCCUGGCUGCCAUUGUAGCGAGUCAAGCCAUGAUCACCAGCUGGUUCCAAUUACUGUCGCAGAUUAUGAGACUGGGCUAUUUCCCUCAUAUCAAAACCAUCCAUACCAGUGUGAGAUUCCAUGAACAGGUUUAUAUACCCAUGGCAAACUGGCUGUUGAUGAUUGGGACGGUUAUUGUCACUGCCGCCUACAAAAAUAACACAAGCCUGGGCAAUGCUUAUGGAGUAUCUUACGAGGGUGCUUACACCUCCUCGGCUCUUCGCAAGGUCCCGGAAGGUGCCUGGUUCACCAUUGUCUUAGCGGCCGUCCUUUCCAGCGUCUUUGUUCUUUGGCGCUGGGGGAAAGAGCACCAGUGGUCUGCGGAAGGCGACGACAGAGUCGAAACUCAGGAUUUGAUUCAACUUCCAGGCUCAUCUUCGGGCGAGUCGACAACAAGAGAGGUCGACGUUCGACUACAGAUGAAGCUGACACCCAUGUUUGGCGAAGGACUCGUGUCAACUGCCCCCGGCUUGGGGAUAUUCAUUGACAAGGUCGGCACCGGAGGAAACAUGAUUCCAAAGGUGUUUACACAAUUUAUUCGCAAGUUCAAGUCAAGGCCAGAGGUCAUCAUUUUCUUCCACAUGCGGCCACUCUCCGUCCCCUUUGUACCAAGUGGAGAACGUUUCGUCAUUACACGACCAACUUCGCAUAUUCCCUCCUCGUACCGUGUAACUCUUCGUCAUGGCUACUUGGAUGAUAUCUCGGCUCCAUCUGUUGACGAGAUAGCUCGGUUCCUACAGACCGCCGCGGCCAGCGUUGGGACUAGUUCAAACCAGCCAUCGAAUGGUCUUGAUGAAGAGCUGAGGGCACUCCAGAGGGCCCAAAAUGACCAGACUGUGUACGUGCUAGGCAAGCAAGUCAUGCGCAUCAAGCGGAUAAGUGGCAAUAUUGUACGGCGCCUAAUGAAAAAGAUCUUUCUAACCGCAUUUCUCUGGAUUCGCGAGAACUCGAGAGCGAAACUCGCCGAUCUCGAUAUGGAUUACAAUAAUCUAGUGGAGGUUGGGUUUGUGAUGGAGAUUUGA